AUGCUUGACAUGGCUAGAAUUAUAUACUCCCACUGGCCAGGUCCAUUACCUCUCCAAAGCUUUCACUACUUGAUGGAACGAGUAGACGACAACGACCUUCGCAUACAGUUUACCCCCGCGAAAGCAUGGUGGAAGACUGGAGUUGCAUCUGAGUAUAAUCACUCAACUCAUGGGUCAAGUACGGUUGGAGCUGAGAUGACGUUUCAGUUCAGAGGGACGAAGAUAGACGUCUACGGCACGAUAACUUCAAACCUUGUAAGCGCGAAAACCGUCGACCUUUUCAUCGUCGAUGGCGAAGAGCCUGUUUCCUGGACUGCUUCUCCCCAGAAACAACCCGUCUACAACCAGAAGAUGUUCAGUUCUCCGACUUUGCAAGAUGGAACGCAUUCACUUACCAUGCGGAUCACUGUAAACGGUAGCAACACGUACUUUGAUUAUUUGGAGUUUAUGCCGUCGCCCAACCCGCCUCCGUCGUCGUCCUCACUACCACCGUUUCCAUCGACUACCUCUUCUGAAGCAGGCGAUAUCUCGGCUCCCACUAUUAGCAUCGCACCCUCAAGCUCAGGUUCAUCAUCACACUUCCCUGCCAGUACGGAUGUCAGCUCCAUCGCCACUACAGCAGUGUCAGCAUCGUCACCCUCAUCGAUCACUUCUUCAGCGAUUGAAGCAGGAAGAAACUCCAGUAGCCUCCCACCAUCAGAACCAUCAGAAUCAUCAUCGCAUCUCAGCUCCGCUACUCUUGUUGGCAUCUCCGUUGCCGCCACGGGGGUAGUUGUUUCGGUCAUGGGACUUUUGAUUUGGCGUUGUCUAGUACUAAGACGAAGGCGGCAGACAUCAUCAACGUCAGGUUUGGUAUCCCAUCCAGCGAUCAGUCAGUAUCGUCAAACGCCCAUGCGUGGUGCGAGACGCAGUUUCUUCACACUUUUGGGACCGUAUGAUAUGAGCUCGGGGAGGAGUCUUGUGGAGGAUGAGAUUCCGAAAGACCCUCCUCCUCCUUAUUCCUCUUCGUAA